CGUGGCCUUCCUUCACAUUACCCAACCAAGCAAUUUCCUCUUCCUAGCGCUUAGUUGUGAGUGGGUUCUGAUCUUGAAGCGGGUGGGUUUGGUUUCUUUUAAGGGAAGUAGUUAUGCAGCCAAUUCCGGAUGUUAACCAGCGCAUUGCUCGAAUCUCUUCGCAUCUUCAUCCUCCCAAGCCUCAGAUGGAGGAGAGUUCAGCUUUGAGGAGGGCCAAUUGCCGGGGGAAAGGCGGAGCUCCUGGGUUCAAGGUCGCCAUACUUGGGGCUGCCGGUGGCAUUGGCCAGCCCCUUGCGAUGUUGAUGAAGAUGAAUCCUCUGGUUUCUAUUCUACAUCUUUAUGAUGUAGUUAAUGCCCCUGGCGUCACCGCUGAUAUUAGCCAUAUGGAUACUGGUGCUGUGGUGCGUGGAUUCUUGGGGCAGCAGCAGCUGGAGGCUGCGCUUACUGGCAUGGAUCUUGUUAUUAUCCCUGCAGGUGUUCCUCGAAAACCAGGAAUGACAAGGGAUGAUCUAUUCAAAAUCAAUGCAGGAAUUGUUAGGACUCUGUGUGAAGGGAUUGCAAAGAGUUGUCCAAGAGCCAUUGUCAAUCUGAUCAGUAAUCCUGUGAACUCCACCGUGCCCAUUGCAGCUGAAGUUUUCAAGAAGGCUGGAACUUAUGAUCCAAAUCGACUUCUAGGAGUUACGAUGCUCGACGUCGUCAGAGCCAAUACCUUUGUGGCAGAAGUAUUGGGUCUUGAUCCUCGGGAUGUUGAUGUUCCAGUUGUUGGCGGUCAUGCUGGUGUAACCAUUUUGCCCCUUCUAUCUCAGGUCAAGCCUCCAAGUUCUUUCACACAAGAAGAGACUAUUUACCUGACUGAUAGGAUUCAAAAUGGUGGAACAGAAGUUGUGGAGGCCAAAGCAGGAGCUGGUUCAGCAACUCUCUCCAUGGCGUAUGCGGCUGUUAAGUUUGCAGAUGCAUGCCUGAGGGGCUUAAGAGGAGAUGCUGGUGUUGUGGAAUGCGCGUUCGUGGCUUCUCAGGUGACUGAACUUCCAUUCUUUGCAUCAAAAGUACGACUGGGUCGCAAUGGGAUGGAAGAAGUGUACGGGCUUGGGGCACUGAAUGAGUAUGAAAGGAUUGGAUUGGAGAAAGCGAAGAAAGAGUUGGUAGGGAGCAUUGAGAAGGGAGUUACCUUCAUCAGAAGCUGAGAAGAUAUGCCAAUUUCAAUAUAUGGUGUCAGUUGACCUUGUAUUAAAUGUAACGCAGAUAACGUGGACAUUUUUUUUAUUGUAAGGUAGAAAUAUUAAAUGAACAUAAUAUUAAUAAUAGACAUCUCCACCACCCAUGUGGGUUGCUUGCUUCGUAUUCAA